AUGGUCCUCUUUUUGCCAUGGCAAAACCGGCCGAUGCUUGCUUCUGGGUUGGGUACUUCCAAUGAUUGUGCCACCGCCACGGCUCGUACCCCGCCGCACGACCUCGACAUGACGGUCAAGGGUACUCCCAAGGGUACUUCGAGUGUUUGUGCCACCCCCACGGCUCGUACCCCGCCGCCCGACCUCGACAUCACGGUCAAGAGUACUCCCAAGGAUUUCCUGCUCGGCCAUUCCUAUUGCAUCUUGUAUGCCUGCGCAUUUGGAGAUGGCACGGGUCUCACCAUCAACAUGCAAGGCAUCGUCAUUGGCAUUGACCCGGGAAGCCCCUGGGCCGACUACCUGCUGGGCCUCUACCACCCGGACCUGCUAUACCUUCUGCGCCGGGAGGCGCAUCACUCUCUCCUGCGCAGCGGCCGUAUUUGUACGGUUUGCUGCCUGGAACUGAAGCGCCCCCGCCGCUACGAGCACGCCCAUGUUUGCAGCACCCACUACAUCCAGUUGAAGAGCUCGCGAGACACAGACGUCUGCGACGACGCGAAGCGUCAUCGCAGCUGCGAGCCCAAUACAAGCCCACCGGGAUGCCGAUCAUGCUCGAAGAAGAUGGCGCAGCCGUUCCGCGAG